GAAUACUCUCAAAAAACCUACACAGAGAUAACAAACAGAGUCCAAAGAGCAAUUAGCAAGAGCAAACAUGGCGGCAACUGUGAGCGCGUGGGCAAAACCAGGCGCGUGGGCUUUAGAUUCAGAGGAACAUGAGUCCGAGCUCCAAAAGGAAGAGUCAGUAAACGGCGACAACCACUCCAACGGCGCCACCGCUGGGCUCUCCGAUUUUCCAUCUCCAGCCGCCGCCGCCACCACCAAAACGAAGAAGAAGAAGCCACCAACCUUAUCCCUUCAGGAGUUCUCAACUUACAGUUCCGUUAAGAAGUCUCAAUACGCUGCUGCUGCCGCCGUCAAGGGAUUAACGCCGGAGGAAGUCAUGAUGCUCCCCACCGGUCCACGCGAACGCUCCGCCGAGGAACUUGACAGCUCUCGCCUGGGAGGCGGCUUCAGAUCGUACGGUUACGAUAGGCAAGGAGGUAGAGGUUCGUCGGACGAGUCCCGGAGACCGGGAGGGUUCCGACGUGAUUCCGACAGGGAAAUUGCGCCUUCACGCGCCGACGAGACUGACGACUGGGGCGCAGCUAAAAAAACUUCCAUUGGUAACAGUUUCGACAGAAGGGAGAGAGGCGAAAGGGGAGGAUUUUUCUCAGAUUCGCAUUCCAAAGCUGAUGAAUCUGAUAACUGGGGCGCAAAUAAAUCCUUUGUACCCUCUUCGGGUCGAAGAUUUGAUAGGAGAGGGAGUUUCGGGUCAAACGGCAGUGAUUCGGAUUCGGAUAAGUGGACUAAAAGGUCCGGUGGAGGUGGGGCAUUCGACAGUUUAAGAGAGCGAAGAGGCGGGGGCUAUGAGUCCAAUAAUAGUGGAGUGGAUUCAGAAAAUUGGGGAAGAGGAAAGAGAGAAGAAACUUUAGGUGGUGGUGGUGGAGGUAGGCCCAAAUUGAAUUUGCAGCCCAGGACAUUGCCUAUAGCUGAAGUACAGCAUCAGAAUGGUGGUAAUAAUGAGGCUACUGUGGUGGUGAAGCCCAAAGGGUCUAAUAAUCCAUUUGGGGCAGCUAGACCGAGGGAGGAAGUUUUGAAGGAGAAGGGGCAAGAUUGGAAGGAGAUUGAUCAAAAGCUUGAAUCUUUGAAGGUAAAGGAGGUGGUUUCUGAGUCAAGUGACAAAAAAGCUUGGGGGAAUGGGAAGCCGAGUUUCAUGCGUGAGGAGAGGACUGAGAAGAGUUGGAGGAAGCCUGAGCCAAAAGAAGUUCGUCCUUUAAGUGCUGAGGAAACUGUAAAUGGAGCUGUUGAAGAAACUGCACAGGGAGCUGCUGAGGAAUCUGGUGGAGAGCCACAAAUAUGAUGCCAAACAGAGGAGUUAUUUAUGAGCUGUGUUUGUUUCCUCAGAGUUUGAAAUAGUUUUACCCCGAUGCAUGUGAUGCGCGAAGCAUUAAGGCAAUUUUGAUAGAACUGCUUAGUCUGUAGUGGGUUGUGUUUUUCCUGUGUACUUACACCAACAUUAUUGUUUUGCUAUUUAUGUUUGUUCUUUUUCUAUUCAUCAUAGUCUAGAAUUGUUUGUUCGUAAGCUAGUACACAUUCAUAUGCGGAACACAAAGGCGUAAAGACUGUGUGGAAGAUUACAGAUUCAUAUAAUUAUUGUUAUUUUAUUUAUUUUUGACUUC